AUGAGCACACAGAGAUACACUAAAGUGGGCCGUCGGAAGUCUACAAGCAACAUUCCUCCUUCUCCUCUGGCUUGCAACUCCUCGUCUUCCACGCAGCCGUUGUCCCCACAGCGUUCGCCGUCUCCGUUGCCCGGCUUUGCCAAAUCUUUCCACGCCUACCACGAGGCAGCUCUCAUUUUUGAGUCGGGUCUGGGAUACUUUGGCACAAAAGAGGAUUUCAAAGCCAUGGCUCAAGUUGGCAAGUUCAACCAGGUGCUGAAGGGGGUCAAACUGCUCCGUGUUUUCCGCAUCCUGAAGCUGGCUCGGCACUCCACGGGAAUGAGAGCGUUUGGGUUCACGCUGAAGCAAUGCUCAGAGGAAGUGUGCUGCAUUUUCUUGUUCAUCGGACUUGGCAUUUUCACGUUCUCCGCCCUCCUGCACUCGGUCGAGAGGGAGACUGAGGACUCUCCCAUCACCAGCAUCCCCUACGCUUGGUGGUGGGCUGCUACCUUUGGAGGACCAGAGUGGACCCAAGUGUUCCCUGGUAAAAAGAGGUCAGCUACCAGCUGUCUAAACCUGUGCCAGGUCCAACAGGUUUAUGUUCUGGACUGA